AAUUGUGUUACAACUAGGAAAAAGCAGGAAAAUGGGCCGGUAUAUCAUCUUUAAUUCAGUAUUGUCAAGGUCAGUCGAAGGUCUAUCGCGGACUAUUAUUAUUAACAAACCUCCUCAAAAUUGCGUCAUGUCAUCAAAACGGUAUCAUUUAUUGAGUUAAUACUAAACAGGAACGUCUUAAUAAAUAAUGAAUCAAGCCCUGACAGGCACAAAAAAGGGCUGCAAGUGUACCUGUAAAUUAAAGACUAUUGAUCUAAUGUAGUCCCUCUGAACAGCAAGGAAGGUUAAUACAAAUAAAAUAGUUUUUGCAAUAAGAAAUACGCAAAGAAGUACUAAACUUGUUGAUUCCCUCCACCGUCGGCGCGCGCAGUUACCAUGGUAACGCGACUGAACACAGACGCUCGGGGACAUGUUUUUUGACAGCGGCUGAAGCGCUUCCCCACCGCGACGCCGUUUUUUUGUCACCCCGAGCCCCGUUCGCUCGUCGGUUCCGAGACGGACGCAUGGAGAAGUACGAGCAGGUGUUGUGUUUGGGCCGGGGAGGAACCGCGGACGUGUUCCUGAUGAGGCACGUCGAGGCCAGGAGCCUGCGCGCCGUGAAAAGGAUCAAAGUUGAGGACUCGAGGACGGCGAAAACACAACGCGCCAUUCUCCAGGAGGCCGAGAUCCUCAGUGGGUUACAGCACCCGAACGUAGUGAAAUGCCACGAAGCCUUGGCCAACACCGACGGAUUCAUUUACAUUGUGAUGAGCUACUGCGAUGGGGGGACCUUAGAUGACAAAGUGAAGGGGAGGAAAGCGUUGGAGUUUUUCCCCGAGGAUACUGUGAUGGGAUGGUUUGCACAGGUCGCUGUGGCUUUGAAUUACAUACACGGGGCUAAAAUACUACACAGGGACAUCAAAACAUCAAAUGUGUUACUAACAAAGCAAGGUACGGUGAAGUUGGGGGACUUUGGGAUAUCCAGAGUGAUGGCCGACACGGCGGACAUGUCCUCCACGUGUGUCGGGACACCCAGCUACCUCAGUCCUGAGCUGUGCCAGGAUGUCCCGUACAGCUCCAAGUCGGACAUCUGGGCCCUCGGGUGUCUGCUGUACGAGAUCUGUGCUCUCGGAGCUCCGUUUACCGCCACAAACCUCCUGAGUCUGUUUUACAAGAUCACCAAAGGGAAGUACGAUCCUGUUCCGACCUGCUAUUCAGACAACAUAUCCUCUUUGGUAAGGAGAAUGCUCAGCCUCGACCCAGAAAACAGGCCCACUGCUGCCUGGGUACUAAACACCGCCUACGUGCAAGACCACCGCAAGUCCAUCAGACACGCAGUUACUGACUGUGUUCAUUCGAAAAGCUGUGACAUAAAUAGAAAAGAAACAAAGCCGGACACCACGCUGGAGCCAGAUGUUCUCGGCCCGUCUCACCAGCGGGGAGAAAAAGAGCGCGGCGCGGAGGCCGGACCCGGGGAUGCGAAGGACGAAAAUGAUUGCUUGUGCGUUGCGAGACAAAACCACUCCUGUACUGAGGACUUUGAUGCAGAGGAAAGUCUUUCCUCUCUGGAGGAGCGCAGUGAGAGCCUGGGCUCGCCAACGAGGAGCAGCUCUGCUGAGCCGAUCGUGUUUUCAGAGACUUCCGAUGUCUCAGAGCAAGUGGAAUAUUCAGAUGACUUUGAGGAAGCCGAUGUGGUCGAAGAAUACGAGGACAAAGCCGCCCUAGUUCCCACUGAUGCUCGCCAGCAGCCAUGUGAAGAAGGAGUGGAGGAGGAGUUUCAGCUCUGUGAUGCUGGAGGAUUGACGGUCACACUAAAAGCACUUAAGGAAAAGGGCUGAAAAAAAGGAUGCAAUUAUUGCAAAGCAAAGGAGUAAAUUUGCCUUGUUUGUAAAGUAUGUCAAUUUUAACAGAGCCCAUAGGGCGGAAAUAAGAUUCUGUUUUCUGCUGUAAGAUGUUAAAAAAAAAAUUGUGGGGUCAGAGCGAAUGGAUCCCUGCUCAGUGUCUGUGUGCAGCUGAGUUGAUUGAUGGGAAUAUUUCUGAUUGGCUUUUAAAAAGGGGGGGUGGUGGUAAUGAUAAAUGAAAGAAGUGACUGGUUUAUCACACAGAUUCAUUUAAACAAGUGUUUAAAAAAGCUUUUACAGUCAAACUCUAAUUUUUUUAAACAGCACUAUCCAGUAUUUAAUAACUUGGGAACUAUAUAACAUUUUAUGCUCAUACUGUAUGUAUUAUAUUUUCUUAGCUGCAUUUUUCAAUGUUGUGUUAUUACACAAGAUCUGAAAUGAAAUAACUUCAGUUUAUUUUUGUUUAAAUUGAAUGACUCGGUUCUACUUCAAUGUUAGUGACAAAUUCAAGGGAAACCGAACAUAUGUCUGACUUGCAUUAGUUGUUAUUGCCAAUUAUUACUGUUUAAUUGGUCACCUGAGCGUUUCAUCAAAACCAUUUUCUACCAAUAUUCUAUUUUUGUCUUUUUCCUUUUUCCCAUUUUACAGACCAGUUCAAUUUGAAGCCCUCAUCGAGUAGCUUUGAUUUAUGCUACCCUGACUUUCGUGAUUUAAAACAACAGAAAAAAUAAACACAGAAGCUUCCAGCGUACAGGUUUAGUCGCAUUCAAGACACUUAGUGACGAAACAAACAUGAGACUUCCUUCCUUAAACCCUCGAAAAGGUCCCCUCUUUGUAUAUUAGCACUUAUGUAAUAUAAACUAAUUUCACUCCUUU